AUGAAAUUCUUCUCUCCUUCGAUAGCGAGUGCUUCGAAUCUCAAAACACGAUUUUUUCCUUUCUGCUUUCCAAUUUCGAAGUUCAGUACCUCCAGUUUUAACUCCUCGUAUGUAGGAAAACAAUCAAUUGUUCUUCCUAAAGACGUUCAAGUCCAGCUGCGAAAGCAAAUUGUGGAGGUCUCCGGACCAAAUGGUCGAUUGGAAGCGAAAUUUCCUAAAUAUCUUCGCUUAAAGCAAGAUAAUGACUCUAUACGAAUUGAACUUGCUUCUAAAUCCAAGGAUGAUUUAUCCAAAAAGCAGCUGGCCAUGUGGGGAACAACCCGUGCUUUGCUUGGAAACAAUGUGAAAGGAGUGAGUGAGCCUUGGCAAUCUUUGGUCAAACUUGUGGGUGUGGGGUAUGCAAAUGCUGUUUCAGUACAAAUACCAUCAGAUGUUCAAGUCGAAAAUCCUUCUCCUACAAGUUUGGUACUAAGCGGGAUUGAUAAACAAAAGGUAACCCAGCUUGCUUCUAAAAUUCGCUCGUUUAAGAAGCCUGAACCAUACAAAGGUAAGGGUAUCUAUGUUGAUGGCGAGAGUAUUCAGCUCAAGUCCAAGAGAAAUAUUUCAUAA